AUGGAGGACGCGCAUGAGACCGAGAUGGCGCUACAGAUCCGUAACGACAAGCACCUGAAGCAAGUCGGCGUUGCCGUGCGACGUCCUCGCUCGCGUGCGUCGUGUAUCAAGGGCCAAGCCAAUGAAGAUACCAAGCAGUGGGAGCUGCUGCUCUUCUCGAUCGCUGACUCGAGCGAACUGGGCGCGCUCGAGUCCUUGCUCGUGCAACUUGCACCUUCCACGUGCUACCUGUCGGUAGAGCUCGAGCAACUGCAGAGCGUGGGCGACAGCAAGAAGCUGCAUGCGCUCUUCCAGACCCACAACGUGGCACGAGUUUACGUGAAGAAGCACCUGUUCCUGGACGUGAGUAGCGUCGAGAAGCACGUGUCAAGACUCCUUGGAGCCGACACAAUGGCGGUGCUGCCCGAGAUGCUGGCCUGCAAGCUAGCUACCGGUUCGCUGGCCUGCUUGCUCGAUGCACUGGGUGUCGUGACCGACGCGGACGCCUUUGGCUGCUACAAGUUGCACAAAGGGAGUCUCUCGUCGGCCAUGCAGCUUGAUAAUGCUGCGUUGCGGUCGCUGAAUUUGCUGCCGGAACCGAGCUCGACGACGACAGGAGGAGCGAGGUUCGGAGGCAGUGUCUUGGAGAUUCUGGAUCGAGGGAAGACAGCGAUGGGUCGACGCUUGCUCGAGCGCUGGAUCCGACAGCCGCUGGUUGAUGUCGAGCAGAUUGAAACGAGACAAAAGUUUGUGCAGCUGUUUGUGAACGACUCGUCACUCAGGAUGGAGCUGCUGGAUGAAGGGAUGAGGGCGCUGCCUGACUUGGAUCGACUGGCCACCUGUCUCGAAAAGAAAAAGAAUGCCAAGAUCGCUGACCUCGUGAGCGUGUACGACGCAGCGGUUAGUGCUAUGCCUCGUGUGUUGCAGUCUCUAAAGAGCACAAAUGUCAGUCGGGGUGGCGAUGACACGAUCGCAGACCUUAUGAAGCGAGCGUUCGUUGCGCCGCUGGGCAAGGUGCUAGCAGAUCUGCAAGGCUACACGGAGCUCGUCGAGGAGGUGAUCGACCUGGACAGCCGUCCAUCUCUCGUGGUGAAUGCCAAGCACGACGAGAAUCUGCAGGCGUUGCGUGAAGAGUGGGACAGCGUCCUUGCAGACAUUGAAGAAGAGCACCGAGACGCACUGAACGAAAUUGGUGGCGAUAUCAAGUGCGAGAAAGACAAAGUUCGUGGGUUUACGUUUCGUGUUGUUAACAAAAAGGAGGAAGCCCGUUUGUCCAAGCUGCCGCACGUGCACAUCUGCCAAGUACUUGUAAGUGGAGUCCAAUUCACGACGACAAAGUUGAAAGCUCUUGCCGACGACUACCGCCGUGUGUGCACUGAAUACGAGGAACGGCAGAGCCAUUUGCUGAAUGCUGCGAUCGAAGUUGCCAGCACGUAUGUACCGGUGCUUGAAGCAGCAACUGCAAUACUUGCAGAACUAGAUGUGCUGCUUGGAUUUGCGCACGCUGCGUGCCAUGCUGGCUCGGGAUAUUGCCGUCCCAUGCUGGAUCCUGAUGGCGACUGUAUCGUGCUCACUGGCGCACGCCAUCCUUGCGUAGAACUGCAAGACGGUGUGGACUUUAUCCCAAAUGAUUACGCAUUCGAUCGUGACACAUCGCGCUUCCAGCUCGUCACGGGGCCUAACAUGGGAGGUAAGAGCACCUACAUUCGCCAAUUGGGAACCAUUGCUGUGAUGGCUCAAAUCGGUAGCUUCGUACCGGCCGAAGUCGCCCGAUUGCCCGUAUUCGACAAGUUGCUGGUUCGCGUUGGUGCAGGUGACUUGCAGCAGCGGGGAGUGUCUACGUUCAUGCUUGAGAUGCUAGAGGCAUCUGCUAUUUUGCACAAAGCCACCGAACACUCGCUCGUGAUUAUUGACGAACUGGGUCGAGGCACUUCGACGUACGAUGGCUUUGGGUUGGCAUGGGCUAUCUCUGAGUACCUCCUCACUAAAGCGCGGUCCAUGUGUCUCUUUGCAACGCAUUUCCACGAGCUCACAGCUCUGGAGCACGAGCACCCUCGCGGCUUUAAAAAUAAGCACGUAACGGCUGUAGCCAGCGACAGGGAUAUCACAAUGAUCUACCAGGUGCGUGACGGCCCAUGCAUGGAAAGCUUUGGUGUCCAUGUAGCAUCGAUGGCGGGUUUCCCCUCUUCUGUUAUCCAGUGCGCUCGGAGGAAAAGCCAGGAGCUUGAAGGCUUUCAACGAGCUUUAGGGACUCCUAGUCAGGAUUCCUGUGAUGGUGGCGGCGACAGAUGCGCCAAAAGGGCCGUGGAAGAGUCAUCACGACUUGAGACCGAACAAGCUCCUCCUUUAAAGAGAAUUGCACAGGACAGAAGACUAAUAGCUGCGUUCGCUGCACUCCCUCUCGACAAGCUCACGUGUGCUGAAGCCCUCACGGCAGUUCACAAACUCGUUCGUUCAUAA